AUGACCGUCUUUGGAGCGACUACAGCCGUCGUGGCGGCGACGCCGUACACCCCGCCCUACAAGUAUGUGACGAGCUAUGCGCCAGCUCCUAGCGUGACGGGGAGUAUAACGAAGCCGAUAUCGAACAAUCCUACUGUACCGGACGGUACGAGCUCGGCUGACUAUGCCUGGGCUUACCUGUCAGCUCACAUGAUGAGCUGGCCGUCUUACCGGUACAUAUAUCUCCUCUGGAUAGUCCUUGCGGUCAUUGCGGUCCUCUACAUCAUCUCGCACCAGGCCCGGCUCGGCGCCUCAUCUACCGGAGCUGUCCUCUCGAAAUGGGCCAUCCGGCGUCAACCUAUCGGCAAGCGGCGCUCUGGAGGCGCUCGAGGUCGCGCACUAGCCAGCAACGGUAUUCUCCUCAUAUCGGCUAUUCUACUGCUCAUCGCACUCAUCCUCACCUUUGUUGGACCAGACUACAUCGCCCCGACGCUCGGCGUCCUCUCUUUCCGGAAGCGCCAAUUCCUAUCGCCUGGCCAGAUCCAGUACGCCUCGCCAAGCUACACUAUCCACAAGUCCAUCUGGACCAUCGCGUCCCGGCUUGGCGACACCGCUUUCGCCCUUACCCCACUGACUGUCCUCCUCGCGAUGAAAUCGCCGCCCGUGGCCAUCCUCGCGUGGAGGGGUCUGGCGCACCUCUAUUCGGACAAACUGGCGACGUUUCACAAGGUCACGGCGUGGAUGGUCUGGGGAGCGACGACGGCGCAUGUGGCGUUAUGGACGGUGCAGCUGUUUCUGGAUAGGCGGAAUGGGUCGGCAACGUGGUUUGCGAUGUGGACGAAUUAUCGGUUCAUUGCGGGUGUGGUGGCGUAUACGGCUUUGACGGGUGUCAUGGUGGCUAGCUUCAGGAUAGUCAGGCAGAAGCAGUACGAGUUCUUCUAUGUUGUCCACGUCGUGCUGGUCUUCCUCACUAUAGCUCUCUCAGCGCUACACCACCCGGUUCUCUGGUUCUGGAUGGCCGCGGCCCUCGGGAUCUGGGCUCUCGAGCGACUGUUCCGCCUCUUCCGCUUUUGGCGAAUCAACAGCGGAUCCUCCAAGUCCUCUUCUCGGCGGGCCAACAACUCCACCCUCCUCGCGAGCCAAUACGAGGACCUCCCCCAGUCCGACUCGUACGCCAUGGCUGACCUCCCCUCGCGUACCUCUUACGUCGACAAGACACUCCCUCGCCCGCCUGGGCUGUCUGGUCUUGAUUCGCCCGGCGAGUGGUCGCCUGCCAGUACGCCCCGCGGGAGCCACAGCCGGGGCGCAAGUGGCGGGUAUGCCGAGGGGAGUCUACAGCCCCUCGGUGCAUUCGAUGGGCGGUAUAGCACCGCUGGAUCUACUGCGGGGUCUACAGGCCUAAAUGGUGGAUUUAACCGGAUCACUCACCCGCCAGCAUCAUCCACCCCCGCUCUUGCUCCCAUCCCGGUUGGCCUGGCGCUCGCUCAACUUCUCCCCUCCCGGACUAUCCGCCUGACGAUUCACGCGGGCCGUCUAACGAAAUGGGCGCCGGGGCAGAAUAUCCUGCUCUACCUGCCUGAUUUGUCCGCUAUACAAUCCCACCCUUUUACGAUCACCAACCCGCCAAAUUCCGAUGGCGAGAUCAUCGUACUCGUCAAAGCUCGCAAGGGGCUCACGCGGCAGCUGUACAAUAUCAUUCGAGAGCGAUAUCAGUACAAUAUGUCCGUUGGGGCUGGGUCUGCCGGGCUGAGGGGAAGAGACGAGAAGGGUCGGGGGCAAGGUAAGGAGGGCGUGGACGUGCCGCCCGUGUUAAUCAGAGCGAAGGUGGAUGGGCCCUUCGGGUCUGCUGUACGGGUAAGGUGGGGAGAUCACGCAACGGUGGUCAUCAUCUGCGGAGGGAGUGGGGUGAGCUUUGGUGUGGCGGUGCUGGAGGGAGUAUGCAAGAGUAUCAGGGAAAGGAAAGGCGGUAAGACGAGGAGAAUCCGAUUCUGCUGGAUCGCGAGGGAGUAUGCCGAGAUUGCAUGGGUCGCGCAUCAGCUUCAACGAUGCCAAACCCUCCUUCCGCCCGCCCAGCUGCAGAUCGAGAUAUACAUCACCAACUCCGUUCCACUCCCCUCUCACGACCUCGCACCUCCUCGUGCGGCAUUCGCUAAAUCGACCCCUCGUGCCUCUUCACCCGGAAGCGACCACACCCUCGGUCGACGUUCCGCUUCGAUGGACUCGAUCGCUUCCGUCGCGUCAGAUAUGUCCAUCGACUCGCCCAUGGGUAUGGGCUAUUCGGACCAUUUGGAAGUGGACGAGCACCUGUCGGAGAACUACGCGGACGUCAUCGAUUUGACGAAUUAUGAAGAUGAGGAGGAUGUGGCCGAUCCGAGGGAAGAAGCGCUCAGUAGCAGUGUGAGGGAACAGGGGAAGAUUCGGCGCGCACGUAGGAGGGGUAUGGCUCAAUCCAGGAGUGCGCCGAUGGGGUUCUCGGGCAGUCAGGAUCAGGGAAUACACCAUCCCCCUCUCAGGUCGGGACGGUCGAAUCUGGCCUUGUCGGCUUAUGAUCAGCUUGAACCUGCUGGAUCGCCCGGUCAGGGUCGUCGUUCCUUCGACCAUCAACCAUCGCCUUCGCCCGACGCCCGCCAACCCCGUCCUUCUACCUCAUACGACGCUUCUCCCCGCCCUUCCUCUUCGAACCCGUACGCCCAGCCCCGACCGAGCUCGUCUCUCGCGCCCCCGCCCGCCACCCUCCCCGUACACCAACCCCAGCACAGCAAGCGCAAUUCCUACGCUUCGUCGUAUGCUGAUUCUUAUGCCGCGUACGACCCCUUCUCCGGUGGGCACGGAGGAAUCCGCGCCAAUUCGCCCGGAUCGAGCAUGCACGGCGGGUAUUUCGGGGACGACGACCGCGGGUCUAUAGCGGGGGACAGCAUGCGCCCUAUCCACCCGAACGGACCCGGGGGAUAUGGGAGCGGGGCGGAGUCGCCUGGUAUAGGCGGGUUCAGGGCGAGUCGGACGGGCAGUAUGGUAUUGCUUGAUGAAGCGGCCUUUGGGUCUAAUCGGCUCAGUCAAGCUGCGGGCGCAGAAGCGGGCGGUGGAGGAGGUUCGAAGGGGUUUAAGGCCGCCGCAUUGGGUGAGGGGCUGUGGGUCGAUCAGGCGGACUAUGAGGCCAUGGCUACUCUCAGCGAGUAUGCGAUUGCGGGCAAGCCAGCGCUGGGGACGAUGCUAGAGGAGGAGAUUGCGAGUGCUGUGGGGAGUCUGAUCGUUACGACUUGUGGACCUACCACGCUCAAUACGGUUGUCCGGAACUUGGUGUCAAAACACAUCAGCCCGUCCAAGAUCCGGAAUGGGGACAAGAGUGGGCAUAUCGCCAUUUACAGCGAGGACUACGACGCAUGA